AUGGAAUCUUUGGCAACAACCAUUCGUUUCGUCACGCUGAACUGCCGAGCACUAGCAAAUUCCUUCACAAAGUGCAUCCAGGACGCUGCAAGGGAAACCCUCCCGGUUCUAUUGCAGCGGAAGAAGUUUGUCUUUGCAUCUGCGGAAACAAAAUCCACGUACAACUUUGUAUGUGUCGCGUGCAGCACUGGUGACCUCAACCAGGAAAAACGUCUUAGAAGGAAGUUGCGUCGUCAACUGCAACAAGACCGCAAUAACCAGUGGACGUCAAGAGCAAAGGAGUUUGAGAAGACACGGGAGGACGAGAACCCACGGAAAGCCAAUGCUUUACUAGGACAGUAUUGCGGCAAAAUGAAAAGGUAUUCUCCUGUUCUUAACACCAAUGGAGUGGCUGUCGGUGAAGCAACCCUUCCAAUUUGGAGGGAUCACUUCGAGACCUUGCUGAACCGGCAAGCACCGUCAGCCCCUGAACUCGAGCACGUUCAUAGGUCGACAUAUGCGGUUAACGAGGAACCGCCGACCGAGUCUGAGGUUCUGUACACUGACGAUGUUGCUAUAUUCGCGGAAAGCAGUACGAAACUUCAACAUGUUGUCAACCUUGUAUCGAAGCUAGCUGCAGCCUAUGGACUACGUCUACACCCUGAUAAAUGCAAGCAGAUGUGGAUCUUGUCGAGACCUCAUACGGGAAUCAGGGUGGACGGACAACCGAUAGAACUCGUCGAUGAGUUCUGUUACCUAGGCUGUACGCUGAAGAACAAUGGCAGCUACGAGAAAGAUAUUCAACAAAGAUGCGCUAAGGCCGUUUCGCAUUCAACUCCUUAA